CCUCUUUUCUCUUCUCUCCUUCACGUUGUUGCUACUUCAGUGAUGCUCUUUGCAGUCCCUCGCCGCUCUAUCCGCGGCCUCCUUAUGGGUGGUGUCAAGUACCCCUCUGCUCUAAACUCGGUCUGCUCACCACCGCCGUUCCUCCGCCACCGCUUUCUCCAUCUCCGCACCUCAAUCAGAUGUCCUCCCGAAGUCAAUAGCCUCUUCUGUUGUUUGAAGUCUUCCCGAUUCUCCUCCUGCGUUGCUUGCCCUAGCACGGGUGCACAUGCCGUUGAAGGCGAUGAGGUUGCUAAGCGGGUAGAUUAUUUGACAUCGAAGCUGGAGGCAUUUGGGAUUCAUAGUCGUGAAUGUAAGCCCGGGCAGCAAGUUCGUCAAUUAUGCCCAAAGUGUAAAGGAGGGAGUUCUGCGGAGAGCAGCCUUUCAUUUCUAAUCAGCAAAGAUGGAGAUUCAGCCAUGUGGCUAUGUUUUAGAGCUAAAUGUGGUUGGAAAGGUUAUAUACCGGUUUAUGGAGAUGCCAAUACAACUUAUGCUUCAAAAAAUAAGAAUUUUAGAGUAAUCACUGAAAGGGAUCUUCAGCUAGAGCCAUUAUGUGAAGAGCUUAUUUCAUAUUUCUCAGAAAGAAAUAUCUCAGAAGAAACUCUUCGAAGAAAUUCUGUCAUGCAAAGUAAAGAUGAUAACGAGAUUAUUAUUACCUUUUGUUACAAAAGGAAAGGAGUGCUUGUAAGCUGCAGUUAUCGUACUGUCUCCAAGAAUAUUUGGCAGGAAUUGGGCACAGAGAGCAUCUUUUAUGGACUUGAUGACAUAAAUCAAGCUACAGAUGUUAUAAUUGUUCUAAGUGAAAUAGAUAAGCUCUCUAUGGAGGAGGCUGGCUACCUCAAUUGUGUUAGUGUACCUUGUGGUGUAAUAGAUCAAAUUUGCAACGGUCAACUUGAUCUGGAGGAUACAAAGUUCCAAUAUUUGUGGAACUGCAAUGAGUAUCUAGAAAAGGCAUCUCGGAUAAUACUAGCAACAGAUUCUAACUCCUCGGGCCAAGCUGUAGCUGAAGAACUAGCACGACGCCUUGGUAAAGAAAGGUGCUGGAGAGUUGAGUGGCCAAAGAAAAAUGAUGCUGAACUUUGCAAAGAUGCUAAUGAGGUUCUAAUGUAUCUUGGACCAGAUUCUUUGAGGAAGGUUGUAGAAAAUGCUGAAUUGUAUCCUAUAAAGGGUCUAUUUAAGUUCAGAGAUUUUGUUCAUGAGAUUGAUGAAUACUAUUACCAGAGUAAUAUAGAACACCUUGGUGUCUCUACUGGUUGGAGAGCUUUGGACGGAUUAUACAAUGUUGUGGCUGGAGAGCUGACCUUAAUAACAGGCGUUCCAAAUUCAGGCAAAAGUGAGUGGAUAGAUGCCUUGUUAUGUAAUAUCAAUGAAAGGCAUGGAUGGAAGUUUGCACUCUGCUCAAUGGAAAACAAGGUUGAAGAACAUGCACGGAAACUUUUGGAAAAGCACAUUAAGAAACCCUUCUUCAGUGCAAGUUAUGGUGGAUCUACUGACAGAAUGACUGUUGAGGAAUUUGAAGCGGGAAAAAAAUGGCUCGAUAAUACAUUUUAUCUAAUUCGGUGCGAGGAUGAUUGCCUUCCAUCUGUAACUUGGGUUCUUGACCGUGCUAAACUUGCAGUUCUUCGUUAUGGUGUUCGUGGUCUUGUUAUUGACCCAUAUAAUGAACUUGAUCAUCAACGUUUCAACUUUCAAACAGAAACAGAGUACGUGAGCCAAAUGCUUACUAAGGUCAAGCGCUUUGCUGAGCAUCACUCUUGUCAUGUGUGGUUUGUUGCCCAUCCAAAACAGCUGCACGAUUGGGAUGGUAGGGCACCUAACCUAUAUGAUAUUAGUGGAAGUGCACAUUUUGUAAAUAAAUGUGAUAAUGGAAUUGUCAUCCAUCGCGAUCGGAAUUUGACUACUGGCCUUGGUGUUGAGGUAUAUGUGCGUAAAGUACGAAAUAAGGUUUCUGGUACAGUUGGAGUAGCAUCGCUAUCUUAUAAACGUGUCACAGGAGAGUUUCAUGAUAAAGAUCAGAAUUGUUCUGGGACUGCUGUGACUUCCUCUGAGGAAAAAUUGGAGAGGACUCCCUAUCAAGAUAUCGUGAAUAAAUAAAAAGAAACAGUGGCGGAGUUAGACAAAAAAGGAAGAGGGUGCUCAAAGAAGGGAACUGGAGCUUGUCUUCCUUCUCACUGCCUCUUGGACUGCAGCAUACUGGUAGAAUUUUCUGGGAGCAAGGGGUCCUCAAGCACACUCCUGCUCCCCCCUAGAUCCGCCACUGAAAAGAAAUGAUACCAAGUUCCUAGCUCCAAUCCAUGUUUCAUCUCUAAAUUUUGUAUUUGGAGGAUGCAGCCCCUUCAAAUUCCAUCUUGAUGGCAGAGUUCUUGUUUGACCUAUAGAGAAAAAAACGGCAGGGGUCCUUGCAUUCUCAUCGACAUCGCCCACAUAACUUGCUUCGGGUUUAAGUUCAGCUCUCCGACUGAAAGAUUAUGCAUUUAGUCAGUCCGUGAAAAAUUUGUUUCUAGUUUUCUUUUUGAAUAGUUUGCUGUGUAAUGUCGUUACGGAAUAUUCAGUACUGAAUGGUAGAGUUUCAAUUUAAAGUGAAGACUCUAUUAUGUAAUUUUCAAUAGAGAAAAAUUUAUAUUCUUUAAAGA